AUGCCACCAAUAGAUGAACCUACGAUUCAAAGAUAUAUCCAGUCAACUACUGCUGUUGAUGCGAACGAUCUCCCUGAGUCCGAUCGCAACUGCCCUAUUUGUCGCGAGCCGUACGGCCGUUGGGGACGUAAUCAUUUACCCAUCCGUGCUGGCGAAGAAUACCCUGUUCGCGUGCUCAGCGAGAACCCAAACACAUUAUGUCGGCAUGUAUUUGGAACUCAAUGUCUCGGCAACCAUUUCAGAUGUGGUGGGCCUUGGGCUACAAGAUGUCCGAUUUGUAGAGAGAUAUGGUUUCGCCCACUGGAAGGCUGGCCGUUGGCGAAUGCUCCUGUUGCUCUUACUCCUUCUGCUCUUACUCCCGCUGCUCGGGCGCCAGCUGCUACAGGUGAGCAUAACUUGGCGCCGGUCCGAAUUAACCUACCACUCCAUUACAAUUUGAGGAUCAUGGGCGCUCCUGAGCCAGUACCGAUUCACGAUGCUCCAGAAGUAGUGCAGGGUCCGCAAACAGACCCGGAAGAUUCGCCGCCUCUACCCCAGGAGCAUGGACUGUCCAAUAGAGGGAGACUGCAUCGAACACUUGGAUUCCUUGAGCGGAUGCUACCUGAAUUCGAAAUUGACGAUUGGGAUGAGGAAACGACGCAGCGUGUAUCGCAGUUAGAUAUCGCAGUCGAGAGACUCUGGAUGCAGCUUGAGGAUGUGAGAAGGAGAAGGAGUGGCUAA